AUUUCCCCACCUUAUCCAACUCCUUCUCAAAGGAACAGCAUAUGCCCUUCCAUGGAUCCCUUUCAUUUCUCCUCCACCCAGUACCCAAAAAAUCAUCAAUUAACUAACUAAACAAAACCCAAAACAGAAAAAAGAAAAGAAAACUCCAUUGAAAUGGCUUCUGCAACAACAAGACUCACCUUCUCUUUCCACCACUUAACCCAAGCUUCUCCAAAACCACAAAAACCUCAUCUCUUCCUCUGCCCUAAGCUGCUCCCCACAAUUUCACUCACCACCAAAAAACCCCGCGGAAAGCAACUGCAUUUCACCAUCCACUCCGUUGAUGUUUCCAAAGAAGACAGCCAAGACACGCCACCAGCUUCAGACCAACAAGAGAACCAACCCCCACCACCACCACCACCAUCCCAAGAAUCUGGUGCUAAAGAAAAGAAGUUUGACAAACGCAGGUUAGAAGAGAAGUUCGCAGUGUUGAACACGGGGAUUUACGAGUGCAGGUCGUGUGGGUUCAAGUAUGAUGAAGCAGUGGGUGACCCUUCGUACCCAAUAGCACCAGGGCUUCAGUUUGACAAGUUGCCUGAAGAUUGGAGAUGCCCUACUUGCGGGGCUGCACAGAGUUUCUUCGAGAGUAAGAGUGUGGAGAUUGCAGGUUUUGCACAGAACCAGCAGUUCGGAUUGGGAGGGAAUGCUCUUACUUCAGGACAAAAAGCUUUAUUAAUAUAUGGAUCCUUGUUCUUCUUUUUCUUGCUCUUCUUGAGUGGUUACUUUUUGCAAUAGGCACCAAAAAGGAGUUCCUGUAAUUUUUUUUUCCCUUGUUUGCACUCUUUGUAGCAUAAUUAAAAGCAAAAUAUUUUGCGUGGUA